AAAAAAUCACGACUCCAAUUCAACACCCCCAAAUAACCCGAGGCCAGAACAAACAUUUUCUACAUUUUUGGUUGCGGAGAUGGCACAGGCAAUGGCAUCUAUGGCUGGUUUUCGUGGCUCUUCACAGGCUGUCCUGGACGGCAGCCUCCAAAUCAGUGGCCAAACCCGCUUGAACAUUGUCAGCAACAACGGAGCGGCUGUGAGUAGGUCUGGUUUCACUGUCAGAGCCCAUCAAGCACCGGCUGACCCUGAGACCGGACGCAGAGCCAUACUGGGUCUUGUUGCUGCUGGUUUGGCCACUGGCUCCGUUGUUCAAGCUGUUCUUGCCGAUGCAAGAAGCAUCAAGGUUGGCGGACCUCCCCCACCCUCGGGUGGAUUGCCUGGAACUCUGAACUCGGAUGAGCCAAGAGACCUUGAUCUGCCAUACAAAAACAGGUUCUUCCUCCAACCACUUACUCCGGCUCAGGCAGCACAGAGAGCAAAGGAGUCAGCCAAGGACAUUGUGGGUGUCAAGAGCUUGAUUGACAAAAAAGCCUGGCCUUAUGUCAUGAAUGAUCUCCGUCUCAAGGCCGAGUAUCUCCGCUAUGACCUCAACACUGUCAUUGAUUCCAAGCCCAAAGAUGAGAAGAAAACUCUCAAGGACCUUACUAAGAAGCUCUUCAAUACCAUUGACGAUCUUGACCAUGCAGCCAAGAUCAAGAGCACCCCUGAAGCAGAGAAGUAUUAUGCUCAGACUGUAUCUAGUUUGAACGAUCUUCUUGCCAAGCUUGGCUAAGAGAAUUGGUUAAUCGAAUUUUGAUGUAAAACCUUGUUCAUCGUCCUCAGAAACACUUUCAUUUCUAUGCUAUCCAAAGGGAAUCUUUUGUCUAUUUACAAAAUUGAAACUUGAUUGUUUGUUUGUU